AUGCAGGCUAACUUUUUUUCUGGGACCCGCUCAGAAAUUUUGAGAGCAGUCCGCAGAUCAGUGAAGAAAGGCAGCCAAAAAAAGUAGACGACAUCGCCGACGCCCUGCGAAACUGGUCGCAGCCGCCACCAUGUCGUCUUUUUUUACGACACCCGGAGCCCAGAAGAAGAGGAAGCGCACAGCGGCGACAGAAGCACCAAAGAAGCGACUAGCAACGAACAAGCCGUCAUCGAAACCACCGAGCAGGGGCCCCGCCAAACCCUCUGUCGCGCCGAAGAAAAAGGCCAUUGAGCGAGACGAGUCGAUAUCAGGCAGCGAUAUCGAGAGCGACGAGAGCGGAGAUGAUGUUCGGGACAGAAGCGGCUCUGAUGGCUCCUCGGACGAAUCGGAUAGUGGAGGGGAGACAGUGGCAGAGAAGCGGUUGAGGCUAGCACAGCGGUACCUUGAGAAGACGCGGAAAGAGGUGGAAUUGGAGGACGAGUACGCUUUCGACGCGGAGGAGAUUGACAGAGAUCUUCUUGCCGAGCGGCUGCAAGAGGACGUGGCUGAAUCGAAGGGCAAAAUCUACCGGCGGUUGGCUACAGAACUGAACUUUGAAGAGGCAUCACACACCCAAUUCCGCUGGAACUCGGGUUCGGUGACAUCGGUUGCCGUGUGCGCUCCGUACGCCUACACGACGACCAAAGACGGCUAUCUCACAAAAUGGAAGUUGCAAGACCUGCCCAAGGACCAAUGGCCGCAGACAACACGGAGGAAACCAAAGAAGCCCCCCGCGCCACCCAAGCGGAAACCCGAGAGGAUAUGCUUCGCCAAAGCCAACCCGGGAAAAACCAAGGACAAGAGUUACCAGGGCCACACGGGGGCGCCCCUCACCGUCAAAGCCUCCCAAGACGGCAAGUACGUCGUGACCGGGGGUGUCGACCGCCGACUCGUCGUCUACAACGCCGCCGAUCUCAAACCGAUCCGCGCCUUCACGCAACACCGCGACGCCGUGACGGGCCUCGCCUUCCGCCGCGGCACCAACCAGCUCUUCUCGUGCUCCAAAGACCGCACCGUCAAGGUCUGGUCGCUCGACGAGCUGGCCUACAUCGAGACGCUCUUCGGCCACCAGGACGAGAUCCUCGACGUGGACGCGCUCGCGCAGGAGCGGUGCGUCAGCGUGGGCGCGCGCGACCGCACGGCGCGCUACUGGAAGGUGCCCGAGGAGUCGCAGCUGGUGUUCCGGGGCGGGGCGGGCGAGGGCGGCGGCAAGAAGAGCCGGGUGCCGGCCGGGAUGGACCCGGCGUCGGCCGCGCACGAGGGCAGCAUGGACCGGGUGGCCAUGAUCGACGACGAGAUCUUCGUCACGGGCAGCGACAACGGCGACCUGGCGCUCUGGAGCAUCCAGCGCAAGAAGGCCCUGCACGUCGUCCCGCGCGCCCACGGCAUCGAGCCGCCCCUGGACCCCUCCCAGUCCUCCGCCGACGAGGUCCCCGACCCGAGCGUCGUCCCCGCCCCGCAGCCCCGCGCCGUCACCGCGCUCCGCACCGUCCCCUACUCGGACGUCAUCCUCAGCGGCAGCUGGGACGGCUGCGUGCGCGUGUGGCGCCUGAGCGACGACAAGCGCAAGAUCGAGGUCGUUGGCGUGCUGGGCGGUGGUGGUGGUGGUGCGUCGCCGGCGACCCCGAACGGGGUACACGCGGGCAAACAACAACAACAAACAGCACCCGAGCAGGACUUGGUCCGCGGCAUCGUCAACGACAUCGCCAUGUUUGAGCGCGGCGAGCGCGGCCGCGACGGGCUCUGCGUCGUGGCUGUCACGGGCAAGGAGUUGCGGCUGGGUAGGUGGAAGAACAUGAAGGAGGGGCGGUGCGGCGCCGUUAUUUUUGAGGUGCCGAAGGCGGUUGUGAAGAAGCCUGAUGAGGCCGAGUUGAACGGGGCGGAGGCCGAGUCGGACGGGGAUGAUUAGUUUGUUGUCAGUAUAGGGACGUGGGACAGAGCUCGGAUCUAGGGUGGUCUAUACCCGGAGCAGGCAGGCAAGCAUUGUCAACCCUCCUCAGUCAGAUGAUGUAUAAAAUACGUGGAAUGGAAUCUGCGCGCACAA